AUGGAAGAUGUUUUUGACGGAGCACUGCUGAACCACUUGGCUUUUCGGCAGCAGUGCUUCGUCGCGGACAAGCAGCUGGUCCAAGGGGAGCCACUGCUGGCGGUACCCUUGUCGAAGUGCUGGACUGCGAAGACUGCCCGGUCCUGCGCCAAACUGUCGGAGUUGCUGGAUGCUGACUCACCGGACUCUACGUGGUUGGCUCUCCAUGUAUUGCUGGUUGCACAAAACCAGGCCGAUCCAAAGCUGCAGGAGCAGCUGCAGCUGCUGAACAGCACGGUCACAGGUUUGCUUCAGUGGGAAGAGACUGAGCUUUCCUUAUUACAUGGCAGCCGCUGGUCGCACGUUGCGCAGCAAGGCCGCGAGGAGAUUCAUUCAGAGCUUGGAGAACUCUGCGGUGUUGUUGGUGAAGAGAAACUUCGAGAGCUGGGCGUUACACCGCAGGGAUACCUUUGGGCACAGGCUGCUUUGCAGCAAUGCUUGCUCCGAUUCCUUGGUGACGACGGCAAUUGUGUUGAGAUCUUCAUGCCGUUUCUAACGCUGCUCGAGCCAGAUGCCAGCUAUGAAUUGCCUCAAACAGCAGCAGACUGUGCUCGGCUGGAGUUUCUGGAUGGGCAGGAGCCAUUGCUGGUAUUCUACGCCCCAAUCGGGUUUGAUGCUGGGGCACAAGUGUGCGUGUGCCAUGGUGGUCUCGCUGGCGGUAGUGGCCGCCUGUUGAUGGAGCGCGGUCGCGUUUGGGUGGGCAAUCCGUGGGAGUAUGUGGAAUUUGCCCUGACGCUGCCAGUCUCGGCUGAGAAGAUCGCAGAGGCAUCUCAAAAGGUGGCCGCUUUGGCACUUCCAGCGCCCAAAGCUGGGGAGUUCCUGGCGCCUGAGCUGCUUGAAGGCUGGGAGCCUGCACAGUUGGAGGAGGACCAACUGCAGCUGAACAUCAGGUGGUCCUGGGUGAUGCCAACCGUGCUCGGCAAGUGCUGCGGCAUGGCCUGCUUUCCAUCCAGAAGGGUUGUGGUGGCUAUGGUGCUUCUGCACCCUUUGCAACAAGCUGCAGUGUGGCGCAACAGCGACGUGAGGCAGCGAGGCUUUUGA